UCUCGAGAGGCUGGCCAAUGAGCAACGAUAAUCGCGUAACAGACAGUGAAUCUUCACAGAGUCGAACCCGCCUUCUGAUGAAUGUUUCGCGAGGCGCAGAUUUACUAUUCCCAGAAUGCGCAUCUGCUUUCCGGGCGAUAAGAUGCGAUUCGAAGAAUUGAGCAUCAUUUCCAAAAUUUCCAGCUAGUUAUCAAUCACGCCGCCGGCAAAAUCUCGUGACGUAUCGCAGUCAGUCGCAAUGUUCCACGCGUACGCAGCAGUCAUCUUCGCGAUCGGCUUUCUACUCCGGGCGAUCGCGUUCGCCGCCGCAGACGAUCCACCCAGUUGCGAUCUACUCUUUUCACCGGUUCGAUGUGGCGUUCCAAAACUGCAGCUUUCGGGUGGGGCAUUACCGUCCCGUGCAGCUGAAACCAUUCGAGGGGAGUUUCCAUGGCAAGCGGCACUGUACCAAGAGGAAGACGGGAACUUUAGUUACGCCUGUGGAGGAUCGCUGAUUUCCGAUAGGUUUGUGCUGACGGCGGCUCACUGUGUGAUAAAUCCAAACAAUGGCUUCAAAUUGGCGGUCGGGAGGUUGAAAGUGACAUUGGGAGCUCACGAGCUUGGCGUGGAGGACGAGUGCGUUCAGAAUGUUCGAGUGAGGAAGAUUUUUGUGUAUCCUGAGUACAAUAUGGACCAUUUCAAGCACGAUCUGGCUCUCGUAGAGUUAUAUGGGCGAGUUGUUUUCACGAACCGUGUUCUUCCGAUCUGCGUCGAUAUGAGUGAUCACGAAAAUGAUGGAUUCUAUCGACAGCACGGUAAGGUACCCGGUUGGGGUUACACCGAGAUUGAUGCGCUUUCAAAUUGGCUACGAAUGACGGAGUUACCGUUCGUGAACUACACCACUUGUCUGGCGAGCAAUCCUGCGGUGUUUUCAAAUACGAUCUACGAAGGUAUGUUCUGUGCUGGAUUUGCGAAUGGAUCAAGCGUUUGUAAUGGUGAUUCAGGUGGUGGACUGAUUACCUACCAGCGAGAUCAUUGGAUGUUGAAGGGAAUUGUGUCUUUCACUGCGCUGAAAGACGGGCCGCAAAAUGUAUGCGAUAGCAAGGAAUAUACCGGAUUUGUAAAAGUUCGUUACUAUCGAGAAUGGCUGAAAAACGUAACCGAGCAGGGUCAGAUGUACAAAGAAGAAAACUUCACAGAAGCGCCAUCAGCGAAGAAAACCGAAGCACUGGAAGACUUUGAAGAGAAACAGGAACCUUGCGGGGAACGUAAAAUCAACAAACAAGGCUUGAUAGUAAAUGGAGUACGUAGCUAUGCCGGGGAAUGGCCAUGGCAUGUUGCCGUCUAUGAAAUGAACGGCCGGCAGAAGCGUUACAUCUGCGGAGGAACGUUGAUCAGCGAUCAAUUCGUCAUGACCGCUGCGCACUGUUUACUGGACGACACGCUGCAGAGGCGAAGUGGAACGAUCGUCGUGCAACUCGGCCAGAACAAUCUGUACGAGAGUUCAGUGCAUAUGCGGGAAGUUCUGGUGGGAAAGAUCACUCCCCAUGAGGCGUUCGAUCCUCUGAGCAAAGUGAACGACAUAGCUCUUCUGGAGUUAACAUCGACGGUGCAGUUCAACGAUUAUAUUCAACCGGUUUGUUUGCCGAGCAAAAACGAUUUGGUUGAUCCCAACCCGGUGGGUGAAAUGGGAUCGAUCGUUGGUUGGGGAUACGAGCAGCCAUGGUCGUUUAUGAUAUCUAAUUUGCUGCUGGGGACAAAGCUGCCGGUGGUUGAUGUCGCAAAGUGUGCUAUCGGCAAGAAUUUCGGAGUGGACACGAACGGCGUGAUUUGCAUGGGAUCAGCCAAUGAUGCCAAUGCAUGUACCGGAGACUCUGGAGGAGGAAUGUUCUUCGAGAAAAAUGGGGUGUGGACCGUCAGAGGGGUUAUCUCUGCUUUGGAUACGGUUGAUGGAUUCUGUAAUCCAAAUGGCUUCCUAAAGCUAACUGACACGAAAUAUUUUUUUACAUGGAUUAAAAAAGUGGUGCAAGAUGCUGUAAAGAUAGUAACGGGAGGAAAUGAUCGCGAGAUGACCUUCCUUCAUAGCGGAACAAACUACGUCACAACACCGGGAUUAGAUGCAGUUACUGGUCCAUCAAAACCACCAUACGGGACCUACACCGAGAUCCACCACCAUCACCACCAUUACUACCCCCAGCAGCCGGGAGAUCAACAGCAACACGACAGUGACUGUAAACGGGGUGGCGAUUCUUCUUCCGAAAGCAACGAAAGUGGCGCCCUCACAAAGAUAUUCAAGAAGAAGAAAUGUUUUAUCAAGGAUUUGACGGGCACUCUGCUGUCCAAAUUGUUCUAGGGCGAAGGCAGACAGAUACGGAAGAAGAAAGUCAUUAAAAUGUCACUCGCUUCUAUCUCUAGGAUAUCUUCCGCUCUUUUCCCCCCGUUCGUAUUCGUAUUGUGUACGUUAGUAAGUAGUUAUUAAAAAGCAGCUCGAUAAGAUGAGAAUACAUGACCCAAUUUAGUAAUUACCAGCUCUUGGCUUGUCUUGUUGGUUGUAGCGAAGUACACUCACACGUAUGUAUCACGGCUUGUGACAAUGUCCGCUACCCGACAUGCCGACAUUGGAUGGUGUCAUAAUAAUGUUUCCAAUGGAAGUGAAGACCAGGCCGGGAGAGCGUCCUGCCGUGCACCAUUUAUUGUGUAAUGUUAUCCUUCAACUUUAGCAACUCGUUUGUUACCAGCUGAGAGUACGCAGCAAGAGUAGGUUUCCCAUUUGCUUCCGAUGUGUGGAAAAAAAAGGAUGCUCAUUAGAGUGCUUUCUACCAUUUAUUAUUUUGUGGAAUAAGAAAAUUGUAUGCUUGACAACGUAUUUUAUUAAUGUUUUUGUGACAGACAUAAUUACUUUUUGCAAAAUGAUUAUUGGUGAGAAUAUUUUUGAAUUAAAAUUGAGUACAUCAUGCUGGUUCACAUGGCCGCAGGUUCCUAAACUUAGAUAAGUUAUAGACCCCUUUUUUCGGAUUUCGCUCUCAUUUGGUAAUACGGAUCGAUACGAAACUGGCAGGGAUUGCUACAAAUUGUCCUAGGUCAGAGAAGCAUAAAGGAGCAUUAUAAAAACAGGUGAGUUUUGCUUACUUGGUUGUGCAUGCUAAAUCAUGUUCAAUUGCCGUUUGAUUGAAUUCAUUGCACCAUAUUUAGUGGAAAGAGAUCACCCUAAUAAGUACAUCACUCUCAUUUGGUACCUACUCAUCUCGUCAUUAUAAUGCACUACAGUCCCUCCGUGCCAUCCCGCGUCUCGUACUGCAGAGUAUCGCAUUACAGGGCAUACGCCGGUGUGUGUUUCUCUUGGAAAUCCAUUUCAUUCACAAAAUUAAUGACAACUUGUAGAAACACGAAGCCCUCCUGAACCCAACUAUUAUCACAGCUCUCUAACAAAUGCGGCUCACGCGACGGACGCAAACAAGUUUCCUGCAGUCGCAAAGUUGGAUGGCUGGUUGUUUGGUUGGACGACGACGAUAGCGAUCCAAACCCCCUCUGAGGGAUGGAGCCCGUCGUGUGCUAUACGGGCUCUCAGUCUGCUAAUUCAAGCACCAUAAAUUCAUGUGAACAUCCAAAGAAAAACAAAGAUGGCAACCUCGCGAGACCAGAUAAGAGAGUGAGGUCGAGCUGGCCAGAAGAGGGAGAUGCGAAAGUUUGCGAAGCGGUGCCUGGAUCUGGGAAGAACGGUGUCGCCAACCGAGAGAUAGUGUUGUACCCGACGGGCCCGAGUGUUUUCCAUGGAUUAGAAUGCGGGGGGAUGUGACGACGGUUGAUGGUCAAAAUACUGUUGAAAAGAUCAACUUGAGCAGUUGUCUGGGAGGUUUGACUUUGCUCGCGUUUGAGAGUCAAGUCCUUUUGGGGAAGUUUUACCAUCAGUAAAUCAAGAAAGAAUGUGUAUCUGAAUAUUAUGCAAUAAAUGUGAUGACGACAAUUAUUAGACUCGGAGGUACUAAUGACUUAAUAAUUAUCUUACUACUGUGUGAAAAUAUUUUCCCUCGUGGUAUUUUUUUACGAAUAUUUCUCGCUCGGAUCUGGGGUUUUACAUUGAUCUUCGUUAACAAUACUAAACGUCUGAAAGU